AUGGGGGCCCAUGUUUCAAGAAAUGAUUUUGAGUGGGUAUAUACUGAAGAACCGCACGCUAGCCGUCGGAAAAUAAUUUUAGAAAAAUAUCCAGAGAUCAAGAAGCUAUAUGGAUACGACCCGCUGUUCAAAUGGGUGGUAACGGCGAUGGUGUUAAGCCAGCUGCUCGUACUUCCGUUCGUCAAGUACAUGAGCUGGCCUGUUCUACUCAUCGUCGCCUACUGUUUCGGCGGCGUUAUCAACCACUCACUUAUGCUUGCAAUUCACGAGAUCGCUCACAAUUUGGCAUUCGGUCACAACAGACCGCUACACAAUCGCUUGUUUGGUUUCUUUGCGAACUUGCCCGUUGGAGUCCCCGUCUCUAUCAGCUUUAGAAAGUAUCACUUGGAACAUCAUCGAUACCAAGGCGAUGAAGUAAUAGAUGUGGACCUCCCGACACUGGUGGAAGCGAAGUUGUUCUGCACGACCGGCGGAAAGUUAAUCUGGCUGUUCUUGCAACCGCUCUUCUAUUCUCUACGACCUCUAGUUGUACGACCGAAGCCUCCCAGCCCUCUGGAGUUGGUCAAUUUGAUUAUACAGGUGUUCUUCGACGCUGUUGUUGUUAAAUUAUUUGGUUUGAGAGCGCUAUGGUACCUCUUACUGGGGUCAUUUAUGGCUAUGGGUAUCCAUCCUGUGGCAGGGCACUUCAUAUCGGAACACUACAUGUUCCGAAAGGGCUUCGAGACAUACUCGUAUUAUGGACCGCUUAACUGGAUCACCUUCAAUGUGGGCUACCACAACGAACACCAUGACUUCCCUGCAGUGCCUGGCCGGAGGCUGCCCGAGGUAAAACGCAUAGCGGCGGAAUUCUACGACAAUCUACCUCAGCACACGAGCUGGUCUGCGGUGUUAUACGAUUUCGUGAUGGACCCGGACAUAGGCCCUUACGCUCGGAUAAAACGUAAGCAUUUCGGCCUGAAGAGCUAG